AUGCCACAAUUACUAUAUCAUCAUCAUCCACCACCGGAACCAAUACCACCUAUUCCACCUCGUACUCGUUCACGUCCACCAUCUCGACAACAACAACAACAACAAACCAUUUCAUUAACAUCUGAUCAUCAAAAGACAAAUUUUUUUCGACUUGAUGAUUUACCAUCACCUGAUCGUGAAUGGCAAUUACUUGAAAAUAUUGGUGAUGGGACCUAUGGAGAAGUAUUUCGUGCAAAAAAUAUGCGUAAUUCUGAUUUUAAUGCUGCUGUAAAAAUUAUGCAUCUAACUAAUGAAGUUCGUGAAGAAAUCGAACAAGAAUAUCGUGUACUUCUUGAACUUUCAAAUCAUGAAAAUCUUUGUCGUUUCUAUGGUGCUUAUUUAAAACGUGGUUCACCACCUUUACCACCUCCACCUCGUAAUCCAAUUAUUUCAUCACCAACACUCAUUGAUAAAACAAGUCUUCUUUCCAUAGAAACUAAUUCAAUAAAUAGUCUUAUUAGUCCAACAGUAGCAUCUUCAACUUAUCAUCUUGAUCAAUUAUGGUUAGUUAUGGAAUUAUGUACAAGUGGUAGUGUUACUGAUUUAGCUAAAUCAAUGCUUAAAGCAAAUGAACGUCUUGAUGAAUCUAUUAUUGCUUAUAUUAUACGUGAAACAUUAAAAGCUUUAUAUCAUCUUCAUUCAAAUAAUGUUGUUCAUCGUGAUGUUAAAGGUCAUAAUAUUUUAAUAACAGGUGAUGGUCAUAUUAAAUUAAUUGAUUUUGGCGUUAGUGCUUAUCUGAAUCCAACAAAUGGACGACGUAAUACAUCGGUUGGUACACCAUUUUUUAUGGCACCGGAAGUUAUUGCAUGUGAAAGACAAAUGGAUUGUAAUUAUGAUACACGUGCUGAUGUAUGGUCAACUGGUAUAACAGCUAUUGAAAUAGCUGAAGGUGAACCUCCACUUGCUGAAAUGCAUCCAAUGCGUGCACUUGUUUCUAUUCCUCGAAAUCCACCUCCAAGUUUACGUCAGCCUGAAGCAUGGUCAAAUGAAUUUAAUGAUUUUAUUCGUCAAUGUUUAAUAAAAGAUUUCGAAACUCGACCUACAGUUGCAUAUAUGUUAAAUCAUCCAUUUCUAACACAAAUACCUAGUGAUGGUAUUGAAGCACGUCAUCAUAUUGUACAAAUUGUUCAACGUAAUAAACGUUGUUAUGAUUUAUGUGUUAAAAAAACAAGUCGUGAAACAUGUGGUGUUAAAAAUGGACAUAUAAGAGGAAAAUCAGAAACAUGUUCAUCAAUUGCUAUUGAAACAGCAACAGGAACAUAUUCACCAACAGUUGAAUCCAUUGUUCAACCUUCAAAACGUAUGUUACAAAUGAUUAGUAAACCACAUGAAAAUCAUAAACGACCAGCACCACCACCACCUAUUGAAAAUGGACAUCAUAAUCAAAGUUAUAAAACCAAACGAAAAUCUCAAUCUCGACGAAAACAAAAACAAAUAUUAAAUGAAAAUCGUUCAUCACAAUUUUAUUUAUAUGAUCAAAAUUCUGAUGAUAUACCUGUUCGUCAUCCAUCAUUAAAUAAAAAAACUUCUAAUAAAUAUUUUUAUAAUUCAACGUAUGAUUCAUAUUAUCCAAAUAAUUCAAUAUCAACAGAUGAUUUAGCACAAUUAGAAAAUUUUGAUGAACAAUCAAUAAUGACUUAUAUGUAUAAUCGAUUUUUAUCCAAUCAAAUUUAUACUUAUAUUGGUGACAUUCUUCUUGCUGUUAAUCCAUUUCGUGCAUUACCUAUAUAUGGUAAAGAUGCAAUGAUACGUUAUCGUUCAUGUAUAAAACGUGAACAACCUCCACAUAUAUAUGCUUUAGCAGAUUUUACUUAUCAAGCUAUGUUACAUGAUUCAGAAAAUCAAUAUAUUGUUAUAUCAGGUGAAAGUGGUUCUGGUAAAACUCAAUCAGCUAAUUUUCUUGUUAAACAAUUAACAUUUCUUGGCAAUGCACCAAAUAAAAGUUUACAAGAAAAAAUUUUACAAAUUAAUCCAUUAAUUGAAGGUUUUGGUAAUGCACGAACAAUAAUUAAUGAUAAUUCAUCACGUUUUGGUAAAUAUCUUGAAAUGUUAUUUACUAAACAAGGACGUGUUACAGGUGCACGUUUAUCAGAAUAUUUAUUAGAAAAAACUCGUGUUGUUAAUCAAGGACAUGCUGAAAGAAAUUUUCAUAUUUUUUAUUAUUUAUUUCAUGGUUUAGCAUCAUCAUUACCAAAUGAUGAACAAGCUUUUUAUUUAUCAAAAAAUCAAAUAUAUAGAUAUUUAAAAACGGAUUUAAAUGAUGAACAAGAUUUAUCAGAAAAUUUUAAAGAAAAAUUUAAAACAAUUGAAAAAUGUUUUGAAAUUAUUGGAUUUCAAUAUGAUGAAAUUAAAUCAAUUUAUCGUAUAUUAGCUGGACUAUUACAUUUCGGAAAUAUGAAUUUUCAUCAGAAUGAAGGAUAUUUUAUUGAUGGAAAAACAUGUUUAACAGAUCGAUAUUUAUUAAAUAUUGUUUGUGAACUAUUUGGUUUAGAUAUAGCACAAUUUGAUUUAGCAUUAACAACAUGUAAUAUUGUUACACGAGGUGAAACUAUUCAACGUUCAACAACAUUACAAGAAUCACAAACAACAAGAGAUGCAAUGGCAAAAGCACUUUAUAAUCGUUUAUUUUCAUGGAUUGUUAAUCGAAUAUCAGCACUUCUUUCACCAUCAGCUAUUAUUUCAAAAGAUAAAUCAAAUACAAUUAUAGAUGAAGAUUCAAGUAUACGAUCAUAUACCGUUAAUAAUUAUAAUACAAAUAAUAAUAAUAAUCAAGAUGAUCAAAGUGAAAAUGAAGUUGAUGAAAAUUUCGAUACAGAAUAUGAUACUAAUAAUCAAAAUUUAACAAUGGUUACAUCAUAUCCACCACCAACAGUUAUGUGUGCAAUGCGUCGUACACUUGAUUUUCUUGAUAUGACACCAUCAUCAUCAACAUUUUUACUUCAAUUACAACAAUCUGAAGGUGAUAAUGAUGAUGAUGAUGAUGAUAUUGGUGAUAAUAUUUUAAAUAUAAAUAAUAAUAAUAAUAAUAAAACAAGUAAUAAUUCAUCACCAUCACCAUCACCACCAAAUCCAACUAAUAGUAAUAAUAAUAAUACUCGAACAUCGAAUAGAAUAAAUGAUUUAAAUAAUAAAUCAUUAUCUGAACAUUGUCAAAAUGAUGAUAAACCAAUUAAAAAUUUAAUUGAUAACUGGACAAAAGCUGUUGCUGCAUCAUCAUCAUCAAAUGGCACAUCAAUGAUUGAUAAAAAAAAUUUUUCAUCAAAACAUGGACGUUUAAAUUUAUCAAAUCGUGCAGCAAGUGAAAUAAAUUUAUCAUUAAGAAAACAAACUGUUGAAAAUAAUCUUAAAAAACAUUAUCAAUCAUCAAAUAAUCUUGCAACAAAUACCAAACAAUUGUCAUCAUCACCAUCAUUUUCUCUUUCAACAAUUAAACAAAAUACAUCAUUAAUUCAAUCAGUUAAUGAAUUACAACAAGAUAAUCAUGAACUUAAAAUAGCUAUUUUAGAUAUAUUUGGUUUUGAAAAUUUUUCAACAAAUACAUUUGAACAAUUAUGUAUUAAUAUAGCUAAUGAACAAAUUCAAUAUUAUUUUAAUCAACAUGUUUUUGCAUGUGAACGACAAGAAUAUAUUAAUGAAAAUUUAGCUGUUUUACCAUUACCACCUAAAAUGGAUUUUACAUUUUAUGAUAAUAGACCAUUACUUGAUAUGUUUCUCAGUAAACCAGUUGGAAUGUUAGCAUUAAUUGAUGAAGAAAGUCGUUUUCCAAAAGCAACUGAUUAUACAUUAGUAGAUAAAUUAAAUGCAAAUUUUUCAAGUUCUCCAUUAUACAUUCGUUCAAAAUCAAGUUUCUCAUCGAGUUCAAUUUCUUCGGCAUCAUCAUCAACACAUCAAUCAAUUCCUUCAUUUUCAAUAAUACAUUUUGCUGGCCAAGUUCAAUAUGAUGCACGUGGUUUUCUUGAAAAAAAUCGUGAUUAUUUAGCACCAGAAAUUAUUCAAAUUUUACGUUCAUCUAAUGUUCAAUUAAUUAGUACAUUAUUUCAAUUACCAUUAACAAAAACUGGUACAUUACAAGAAAAUGAAUCUCAACGUUAUAAUCCAAUGAAUACAGAAUCAAAUUUUGAUUUAACUAAUACAUUAAUGCCAUUAAAUGCUAGUCAUAAUCGUGUACAAGCAACUGUUACGACUUAUUUUCGUUAUUCAUUAACAGAUCUUUUUUCAAAAAUGAUUCAUGGUUCACCAAAAUUUGUUCGUUGUUUUAAACCAAAUAAUGAUCGAAUACCAGGUUGUUUCGAUACUCAAACUGUUCUUGAACAAUUAAAAUAUAGUGGUAUUUUAGCAGCGGCAAAAAUACGUCGUUUUGGUUAUUCACAUCGUAUUCCAUUUGCAAAUUUUAUUCAACGUUAUUCAAUUCUUGUCUAUCCAAUCACCAUGGAUUUACCAGUAACACGUGAAACUUGUGAAAAUAUUUUACAUAAAUUAAAAAUGCAAAAUUGGACAACUGGUAAAAGUAAAAUAUUUCUAAAAUAUUAUCAUGCUGAACAAUUAACACGUCUCUAUGCUGAUAUGGUCAAUGCCGUUAUAAUCAUACAAUCAUAUGUACGUAUGCAUUUAGCACGUUUAUAUCUUAAGCGUCGUCAAUAUAAACAUUCAAAUGAUAUAAUUAUUCAAGAACUUAAUCGACAUCCAAAAUUUUCACGAUCGAUGAUAACUGAUGAACAAAUAAAAGAAAAAGCAAUUAUAUGUAUUCAAUCAUGUAUACGUGGAUAUUUACAACGACGUCAUUUUAUUCAAUUAACAAAAAAACCUUUAAAUCGAGAAACGGCUGCAAUUAUAAUACAAAAAUAUUAUCGUGGUUAUAUGCUUCGAAAAGCUUAUGCUAUUUAUAAACAACGUUUAAAUAUUUUAAUGUUUUGUUUUUUACAACAAAUUGAAUUACUAAAUAAUGAUUUUUUUACAAAAAUUGUUCGUACAAAUUAUUGUGUUUCAUUAAAAUCAAUUGAAACAAUACCAAAUAAUCAUAUUAAUAAUAAUAAUAAUUAUAAACAGGCUAAUAAAAUUAUUCAACAUUUAUUUCCACCACCACCACCAUUACCAUUGCCAUCAACAUGUGGAGCGUUUUCAUCACCAUUAUCACAUUCUGAUUCAUUAAAUCCAAUUAAAAUACCAAUAAAUUCAUCAUCAUCAAUAUUAUCUCUUACAUCACGUUUAUCACCAAUACAUCAUAAUUUAAUACUAACAUCUUAUUCAAAUCGUUCUCCAUCUCCUACAUCAUCCGUGUCAAAAUUUGCUCAAGUUCGAGAUAUGUUUGCUCGUGCUCAAAUAACGACAUCCGUUAUAACUCAUCAUUCUAAUCCAAUAAAAAAUCAUAUACAAAUCAAUACAACAUCAUCACAAAUAAAUUCAUCUAUUGAACAAAGUCGUAGUCCAAAAGCGACAACUGUUUUAAAUGCAGUACAAGAAUAUCAACGACAACAUAUUAAUAUUCAUCAACCUGCUAUUAAACGUUUUACUCAAUUAAAUAAUGGUGUAAAUUCAAAUGUUAAUCGGUCAUCAAAUAUUGGAGGAAUACGAGCACGUUUUAUUGGACAAUCUGGUUUAAAUAAUAAUAAAUUACAAAAUAAAUCCAAUCUACCUGCUUAUGCUACAUCAUCUCCAAAACAACAACCAAAACCUAUUGCACGGGAACCAUCAAUGUCUACUCAACCAAAAUAUCCAUUUCAUGUUUUACUUCGUAAAACUGGUCAAGAUUUAAGUACUGGACAAACAUUAACAAAACGUCGAACAAUAAAUGAAACAAAACAAAUUGAUUUUCGUAGUGUAUUGAAAUCUCGACAUACAUUAAAUGGUACAACGGAUAAUGAUGUUAUCAUUAGAUCGAACAGUUUAUCGCAACAUAUAACCGAUGUGAGUAAAUGUCAAGAUUUUCGAUCACCAUUUGGUGCUCUUAUCGAUUGUGAUAAUCAAAUUCAUGUUAAUUGUUCAGAUGAACAACGUCUUUUAUUUUUUUUAAUGCGUAAUUAUUCAAAUAAUGUUCGACCUGUACGAAAUGCUAGUCUAGCAGUACCAGUUAAAUUAGGUUUAACACUAACACAAAUAUUUGAUAUGAUUGAGAAAAAUCAAAUAUUAAUUUCAAAUGUAUGGUUAGAUCAAGAAUGGUCUGAUGAAUUUCUUCAAUGGAAUCCAGCUGAUUUUAAUGGUAUUCGUCGUCUUAAUCUUCCAUCAAAACUUAUUUGGUUACCUGAUAUUGUUCUAUAUAAUAAUGCUGAUGAAUUUUCCAAUAGUAAUACAAUGCAAGCAAAUGCUAUGCUUAUUCAUAAUGGUAGUGUAUUUUGGCCUAUACCAACACGAUUAAAGAGUACAUGUCAAAUUGAUGUAACCUAUUUUCCAUAUGAUGAACAAGAAUGUAAAUUAAAAUUUGGUAGUUGGACCUAUAAUGGUUAUCAAGUAUCAAUUGAACAACGUUUUCAUGCUAUUGAAUUAUCAAAUUAUGUUCCAAAUGGUGAAUGGGAUUUAGUUGAUACAUCAUAUCAAGUAAAUAUUGUAAGAUAUGCAUGUUGUCCAGAACCAUUUCCAGAUAUAACAUUUUAUGUUCGUAUACGACGACGUAUUCUAUAUUAUUUAUAUUCAGUUGUUUUUCCUUGUGUUAUGUUAUCUAUUUUAACGUUACUUGUUUUUUGUUUACCACCGGAAUCAGGUGAAAAAAUUGCACUUGGUAUAACAGUAUUACUUGCAUUUAGUGUAUUUAUGUUAGCUAUUGCUGAAAGUAUGCCAGAAACAAGUGAACACAUUCCCUUAAUAAGUUUAUAUUUAACUGCUGUUAUGGCUAUGACAAGUGUAUCAGUAAUGAUGACAGUCUUAGUUCUUAAUCUUCAUUAUCGUGGUCCGAAAAAAAAUGAAAUACCAUUUUGGCUUCAACAAUUAUUAAGUAUAUCAGUAGCAAAUGUUGUUCGAACAAUGGGAAGAUCAAAACGAUUUAAAAUAUAUAAAAAUAAAGGAGAAUUACGACCUAGAAUAAAUUUUUUUGAUAAAAAUCAAAAUCAAAAUCAAAAUACAAAAAAUUAUUCAACAACUAACGGAAUUUUAUUAUCUUAUAUGAAUACUAAUGAAACUAAUAUUAAAACACCAACCAUAACAACUGAGGCAAAUUCAAUCGAAAUUGAUAAUGAUGAUAUACCAGAACAACAAAAAUUAUUACAACAACAGCAACAACAACAGUUAUUAGAAGAAACUAAACGUAAACGUUCAACACGUUUAUUUCCUGAAGAAAUUCAUCUAAAAGAUCGAUCAAUGUCACGUUCAAGUUCAGUUGCAACAAUACAUGAUGAAAUUCAAGAUACAUUACAUAUUCUAUUACAUAAACAAAAAGAACUUGAACAUGAUCAAAAAAUAACAAAUGAUUGGCGUGUUAUAGCAACAAAAAUUGAUAAAAUUCUUUUUUGUAUUUUUCUUCUUCUAACAAUUAUAUCAACAUUAGGUCUUCUUGUUGUUGUACCACUUUUUCGUACUACUGUACAACAAAAAACCAAACUAUGGCGUGGUACACGACGUCCAUAA